GAGUUACUGCAAAGCUACCGCCGAGCCUCUCACAGGGAACCUAGGAAACAACCGCCACCCAACCUGCUGCUGUCAGCCUGGAGUGUUGCAGCCAUGCACCUCAAGCCGUACCCCAAACUGCAGAAGAAAGAGCUCCACCUGGAGUCCAGCCAAGACAGCCAGAGAGGCCUUCACCAUGUGAGCCAGCAGGGGGCCCUGUCUCUGAGGACAGAGUGGGGGGUCCGUCCGGCGGUGGCCCUGGUGGGCUCGCCUAGCAGCGGGCUCGGCCCGUGCACGGCCCGCUCCCCCCUCAGCGUCAUAUCCACCAACACCCUGUGCUGCAGUAACAACAACAACGGCGGCUCCAACCACCACAACAACAGUACCCAUGGCAACAGAGGUAGUGGGCUGCAGACCUCAAGGCUGAGUGGGUCUGGGGGAGAUGUAUUCCACAGUAGUACAACCUGGGCCCGGAGGAAAACCUCUGAGACCUCCUUCACCACCACCUCGUCCCUGCUGCUCCUCUCCACCUCCUCCUGCACCUCCUCUACAGGCUCGGUGGGAUCUGAGAACCAGGAGGCCUCCCUCAGCAUCUCCUACCAGGGGGAGGACGGCGAGGGACCACUGGACAUCUGGGCAGUCAUCAAGCCUGGCAACACCAAGGAGAAAAUCGCGAUCUUCGCCUCGCCACAGUGCCACAGCGGCCUCGUGAACGGUGGCGGUGGAGGAGAGUCGGUCAGGGAGGCGCGUGAGGGAGACUUGGUGAGCAGAAGCUCAGUGAGGACUGUGUCUGUGAAGAUUAAAAGCUGCUGGGAGGACGAGGGUGGCUCUGUGGCCAAGCGCAAGAGGAGGUCAGGGCAUCGGGGCCACCACCAGGACAGAGACAAACAGUCACCCAGAGCCCUGGAGACACAGAGCCCACUGAGUCCCACUGAGAACAGCCCUGUAGAGAUGAGCCUCAGCGAGAGCCCCAGAGUGCCUGAAUGUGGGGAGGUGGUUGUAGGGGAGGGUGGGGAGCAAGUGUGUAGGGUAGAGGGCGAGGAGGGGAGUGAUACUGGGACAGGCAAGGCUCUCUCUGUGGUGGAGUUGGUGGCCUUCUUGGAGCAGAGAGCCAGCGACAAGCAGGGGGACUCUAAGCCUGUGUCUCUGCGGAGCUCCACUAGCAUUACCUUAUCCAGGGGGCUGUCACUGACCCUAGAGCUCCAGCAGCCCAGAGCCCCAGACCAGAGCCCCCAGGCGACAGAAGAGGAGGCAGAGUGUGUAAAGGUGUCGGACAUGGUGGCCAAGCUGGAGUCGGAGUGCCUGAAGCGCCAGAGUGUUACAAGGGAAGGGUCCGGAUCUGGGGGAGAGCUGUCGCGCAACAACAGCCUGCGGAGGAGGGUGGGCCGGGUGCUUCUGGCAGGAGCAGACGCCUGCUCCAUCUCAGCCCAGCCACCUACGUCUCCCACCGGGCCCCACCAUGGACUAGAGGAGACCACAGGGGUGCAGCACCUCCACGCUAGUCCCUCUGAGGGCCGUCCCUCUGUCAGCACCAUCUACACGGACAAACUAGCUCCCAGCAGCUGCCAUGAAGCUGCCCACUGGGCUUCCUGUUCCUCUGACCCAGCCUCUCCGUCUCACAGUGUGGACUCUGGGUGUGGAGCCUCCAUCCACGUUGUCAGCGAGCCAGAGGAGAUCUGUGAGGCCCAGGGGCAGCAGGAGGGGAGCAUGGUCGUUGAUGCUGGGCAGGAUCUGCACUUCCAGCUCCAGUCAGAGCAGGCCAGGGCUAGCAGCAGCAGUCUACAGAGUGAGGAGCCCCUCCCAGGCAUGCUGUUCUUCUCACACCCUCUGCCCUCACAGCCGGCGCUAGAACAACAACACACACUCCCACACCCAGACAAUACUCACACACACACUCACACAACCCUGGACACUGAGUCCAGCCCCAAACUCACCAGAGACUUAGUGGAACCCUCCAAGACUCAGCCCUGUGACCCUGCUAUCACCUCCCUCCUCCUUGAAACCAUAUCGCACAGUGAGAACUGGGCCAAAGAGGAGGAUGAGAGGGAGGAGAAGGCGGUGAGUGAGGGAGAGGGGAGUGCUUUUAGCCGGUGCGAGACCGUGCCUUUCCCCCUGCGCCGCCUUGUGUCUCACGAGUUCCUGGAGAUGCGCUUUAAGAUCCAGUUGCUCCUGGAACCCCAGCAGUACAUGGCCUUCCUGCCCCACCACAUCAUCGUUAAGAUGUUCUGCAUGCUGCCCACAGAGAGCCUUGCAGCGCUUAAGUGCACCUGCCUCUACUUCAAGUUCCUCAUCGAGAGCUACGGCAUUCGACCCGCGGACUCCCGCUGGGUGUGCGACCCACGCUACAAAGACGAUCCCUGCAAGCAGUGUAAAAAGCGGUAUGGGCGCGGGGACGUGUCCCUCUGCCGAUGGCACCACAAGCCCUACUGCCAGGCGCUGCCCUACGGCCCCGGGUACUGGAUGUGUUGCCACGGCUCCCACAAAGACACGCCUGGCUGCAACGUCGGUCUCCACGACAACCGCUGGGUGCCCGCCUUCCAUAGUAUCAACAUGCCAAUCUAUAAGAAACCCAGGGAGGUCACUGAGGAGUAGUGGUAUAGACAAUGGGAGAAGAAGUGACUUGACUUCAGUGUGCUUUAUUUUGCCAAUGAGGGCUUUGUGUGCGUGUGUCUGUGCAUGUGCAUUAAUUUGUGGGGAGUUUCUGAGCGCAACCAGGUUGCUGGUACUGAUGAGGAAUCACUGGAUCGCUUCCUUUACCACUUCCCCUUCUCCUGACCCUUAACCCCUGACCUCUAACCCCUCCUCAGGUCCUCUGAGAUUGUCAGCACUUUAACCCUGGUCAUAAUUCUCAAUCCUCAAAGGAUUCUGUCAGGGUAUACUUUUUACUUGCUUCAACGUUUUGGGUUAACACAGCUGAUUCUGACCAGAGUGUAUUGAAGAGAAAAGCUUUGUUUCAGCUUUCUCUUCAGUGUUGAUGCUUAAUGUGUCUCUCCUUGCCACAGCCAUAUUGUCUCCUUCCUUAUGCAUUAACCAAUACAUUGGGAUAGCUAUUUUAGUCAAGGUAAGCCUAUCAACGUUAUGCUGUAUACCCCACCCACAAGUGUGAUUUACUCAGUGUGUUAAUGUUGUUGUCUAAGUAGAUACAUACAUUGCUGCAAGUCCCCGGUUUAUGAAAAAUGUGAAUCAACCCCAUCCUAUAUCCCAUCCAUAUCCUGGCUCUUUCCCAAAUGGCACCCUAUUCCCUAUGUAGUGCACUACUUGUGUCCAGGGCCCAUAGGGUGCCGUUUGGGAGGUGGAAUCUGUAUCCCAACUCCACUGUAUCAGUCUCUGGGUCAGAGAGGGAGAGGGUUUGUUGUCUGUCUGUAUCUGGUUUGAUUGGAAAAGGUUUGUUCUGAGUCUGGUUGUGUUUACAUUGUACAUAGUGCUACAGAGUCCUAUAUCAAAAACAGAGUGAAGAAGAUUGACAAACAGCACGAGUAUCUAUGACUUUAAUGCAUUUAUCUUCAGUUUGGUAAAAAUAAAAAAAAUCUUAUUUUGA